AUGCAGACUUUGAUUGAGUACCGGCAGCAAAAGAAACAGGCAUCCCCCGACUGCCAAACUUCAACAAACCCGGGCAUCAAGGCGCGCCUGCCACCCCUUGUAGCUUCGCGCAAACAACAAUUACCCUCGCCAUCCCCGUCGCCGCCGCCAUCUGAUGAGGAUCUGAUCAAAGAAAAGAGGCCGGACGAUGAAUCGAAAGACAAGAUCUCUGUCAGCUGCGAAGAUAAACAGAACGACCAAGCAGAUCCUCACAACUGGUCAAACGGAAAGCGACUGUGGACGACGGCCAUCCUCUUCUUACUGGUCUUCUCUCAAGGUUGGGUUUCCGCAUGCGACUCGAACAUUGCAAAGCCUGCGAGCAAAGAGCUUCAUGUCAGCCAGACAACGGAAACACUGGCGACUGCUCUUUUCCUUCUCGGCAUCUCUGCUGGCAGUCUGGCUGUUGGUCCGUUGUCAGAAGAGCUCGGUCGCAACCCAGUGUACUUGGUUCCCUCUAUGUUUUACUUAUGCUUCACACUCGGUGAUGCUUUGACUCCCAAUUUUGGAGCCCAGAUUACGUUCAGAUUUCUGGCAGGUGUGUCCGCAAGCCCUGCAUUGUCUAUCUACGGAGGCAGUCUUGCCGAUUUGUACACCACCGAAGAACGAGAGAAGUUGUGGCCAUUCUUUGCGUUGAGUCCUUUGCUGUCGCCCAUCUUGGCCCCCGUCGCUGCUGCAUGGAUUGAGGAUUAUCUGUCGUGGCGCUGGGUGUACUGGAUCGGUUUAGCUCUCAGCGGCGCAGUAUAUCUGCUUGCGUUCCUCUGUCUGCCCGAAACAUUCUCGCCCAUGAUCAUCCAAUGGAGGACUCAUCAUCUAAGACAACUCACUGGCAGUGACAAGUACACAUGCGAUCUGGAAGGACGCGACUCGCUUGGAAAGAGAUUGGCGCAGAACCUCAGUCAACCUGCCAAAUUCUUCACGACUGAGCCCGUCAUCAUUACACUCGGUUUCUAUCUCAUUGUUGUCUAUGUCGUCAUCUUCACCUUCCUCAAUGGCUUCGAAUUCAUCUUCACCGACACAUAUGGCCUCUCACCGGGCGAGACAGGUCUUGCGUUCUUGGGCAUCUGCAUCGGCGCAUUGAUCUCCACAGCACUUACUCCACUGAUUGGCCACUUCUUCAAGAACACCUCAACCACUGAAGAAAAGUCACAAGAACAACCGCCAGAACAUCUUCUCAUACCUGCCAUCAUCGCAUCACCUUUCUUCGCCAUCUCUAUCUUCUGGCUCGGCUGGACAAAUUACCAAUCCAUCAGCUACUGGUCUGACUACGCUGCCACAAUCCUCUUCGGUUACUCAAUGACAGCAAUUUUCGUCUCAAGCUAUAGCUACAUCAUCAACAUCUACGGUACCUGGAGUUCAAGUGCAUUGGGCAGUAUCACGAUGGCGAGAUACUUCGUCGCUUCUGGCAUGCUUGUGGCAGCGAGACCGAUGUAUCAAGGGAUCGGAGUACAUUGGUCGUUGACGUUUCUUGGAUGCUUGGGUCUGCUGUGUCUGCCUGUCCCUUUCUUGAUCUAUCGAUACGGCAAGUGGUUGCGGAAGAAAUCGCAGUUCAUCGAAGAUGAGGAGGAAUGA